AUGCUGCAUUUCCACCACAAGUUGCCCGCGGGGGGAGCCGUGGUCCUGCUCGCCUUCCUCCUCCACGGAUGCGCCGUGCAGGCUGCGUCUCUCCCCCGCCACUUCAGGCUCCGAGGCGGGGAGAGUGAGGGGCAGCCGGCUGCCUACCCACCAAGCCCCGACAUGAUGAAAGCCCUGGAGUACAUUGAGAACCUGAAGCAGAGGAACGGGGGCCGACCCGAGCCCGCGGAUUACGACGAGGUGGACAAGUUCAAGAUCCUGCUUCAGCUCGCCGCGCAGCAGGACGAGAGUCCCGGGGAUCGCCAGCCUGCUCCCGGCGCGCAGAGGCAGGACAUUACCGCCGAGCAGCUCAUGAAAGCCCUGCUCAAGUCUCUGCAGGAUCAGGCCGGGAGGGAGGCGAAGAUCAGCCCCGUGUCUGCGCCCAGGAACGACCGCCGAACGCACAGGCACCGCACCAAAGAAACCGAAGUCCCCCAGAGCCCACCGUCUGAAUUCAGCAAUUUCCCCAGACCCCACAAGAAGUACCCGCUGAUGUUUGAGGAUGAGGAGAACACAGACGCGUCAAAACGAGCCACGGAGGACCUGGACGAGCAGUACACUCCCCAGAGUCUCGCCAAUUUGCGCUCCAUCUUCGAAGAGCUUGGGAGAAUGCCCACGUUCGGCGGUCAGAAGAGAGACUUGUUCGGGGACGACGAUGACGAGGAGGAGGACGGGUUCAGCCUGAGGAGCCAGGCCUACGAGGACGUGGCCGGAGGAGAGGAGUGGGUCCCCGUGGAGGAGAGGGAGGAGACGGAGGAGAUGGUCAACGGCAGCCACGAAGAAAUGGCACGGGCGCUCGGUGAGCAGGAGGAAGCCCAGAGAGAGGAGAUGCAACGCCGGGCCAACCAGAACCCAGAGGGGGCGGAGGAUGACACCAAGCUGGUAGACUAUUACCUGUUGAAGGUCCUGGAGAUGAGCGACCAGUCGCAGAAGAGGGACAAUACCGGGGAGCAGAGAAAGAGACUGAUCCGCCCCUCCAUCGUGGAUCCCCGGACAGUGAAGGAGCUGCUGGAGCUCUCCCUGAAGCUCCACGUCCCCCCACAGGACCUCAUCGACAUGCUGCUCACACAGGAGCUCAGGAAGCUGCACCGCGACCGCCCAGCCCCGGUGCGCUACACCACCAGCCAGACCCCAAAGAUCAGGUACUACAGCCGCAGACUGCCCGUCAAGAGCAAGCCCCCCGUUGAGGACAUGGACAGGGAGGACUUUUUAGACAUCAUCGGAGUGGAGACCAUCAGCAACGAGUAUCCCGUUCUGCAGAGACCCAUGAAGACCUCUCCCUCCGCGGACAGAAUCCCACUGGUGUCCAAACCCCCUGCAAAUUCAGGGCCGGUCAAAAUCCCUUCUGCCGCCGGACGCAGGGAAAACAUGUUUUUAUCCGAGCUCAACAAGAUGCCCCUGAAGCGACAGUCCGACGGGGCCAAUGAUGAAGAUGAGGACGAUGAUGAGGGCGGUGACGUGGAAGACGAGGUGACGACCUACCUGGCUGCCAAAAUCCUCACGGAGUACCCCAGCAACAUCGCCAAGCGGGACACCCAGGCGCAGCUGAAGGGCCAGUUCCCCUACGAGCUGUACGAGCGCGCCAUGAAGGACUACCUGGGCCAAGCGGACACUGCGCUGAGGCCGGUGGCCAAGAGGGAGAGCGAGGUGGCCACGGAGGAGAGGGUAAUGCCCACGGAGGUGCAGGGGAAAGAGGAGAUAUCGGCCAAGACCUCGGCUCCGCAGACCGUGAGCGAAGAGGAAGAAGGGCACCGUGACAUGACAGUGGCAGGGAUGUAG